AUGUCCCAAAAAGAUGAAAAUGUAGUUUCCAUGAAGAAGGAGCUGUCCAUGACGAAAGUUGCGAAAAGAGGAGGUGGACAAGCAAGCGGAGGAGACCAAGGCCAACCUGCAGAAAUCACCACCACGGAGCAAACUUCAGAGGAGGCGAUUACAAUCCAUGAGGAGGUAAUAAGAACCAGUAGGGGGGAGAAACUAAAGAAAAUGAGGGAUGCAUUGGCAGAAGCAGCUCAAAAGCAAAAUGCCGAACCAAAGAUCCAAAGGGUUCCCUUCAUGCUCCGUGAUCACAAAAAUUUAGACAAGUACUACGAGCCAAGGGUGGUAGCACUCGGUCCUCGCCACCAUGGUAAAGAAAAGUACAAGCAGGCAGAGAAAGUCAAGCUUCAAUUGACAGAACACUUUAUCAAAGAUAGUGAGCAGACUAAUAACGAUGAAACGUUGCUCAAGAACGUUGAGGACAAGAUUAAGGAGCUAAGGGAGUGCUAUGAUGACGAAGCAACAAAGGACCACGAUGAUGAGGCCCUCGCGUGGAUGCUGUUCGUUGAUGGGUGUUCGACGUUGGAAUUCAUGUACAAAUAUAAGGAGUUGGAAGCUUUUAAGAUCAAGAGAGACCAAGUGGCAUUUGUAGAACAGGACAUGUUCCUGCUAGAAAACCAACUCCCCUAUCAACUCCUCGAGUUGCUGAUCAGCUCAAGCAACAAACGUGUGGACUUGGAAGCCUCAAUCGAGGAAUUUGUCAAGAUGCAUGGUGGAGCACCAGUAGUUCAAGGCCCUGCCGUGGAAAGAAAGCCAACUCAUCUUCUUGACCUUCUUCGGACAAGAAUGAACGAUUUUGUGGUCACCUCUUACAUAGGCUUCCUCGAUUCGCUCAUUGAUCAUGCAGACGAUGUGAAGCACUUGAGGAAAAAGGGCAUAGUUCAAAACUUGCUUGGGAGUGAUCAGGAGGUGGCUGAACUCUUCAACGAGAUAAGCACUGACUUGGUCCCUAACGAUGCGAUUUACCGAAAUGUUACAGCACAGAUAGAAUAUCACUACAAAACCAAGUGGAAGACAUGGAUGGCUCAAUUCUUUCAUGACCAUUUCAAUAGUCCCUGGACUUUCUUGGGUUUCAUUGGCGUUCUACUAGGACUUGGCUUGAGCGGUAUGCAGACGUGGUAUGCAGCCUUUUCCGAUCCCUGUCCAUGUGAUGCCGUAUGCAAGUACCUGAAAACACACCCCGGCUGA